AUGCCCCCUCUUGGGAAACUGGCAGACUGGCAUGGCGCUCUAAUCGGCCAUGCUCUGCCGGGUGGUAUCGUCACCCGUUGUGCCUUCGAAGAUCUGGCAGACGAGAUUAUAAAGCUGCUCGAGGCAAUUAUCUCUUCAACCACAAUCCAUGGCCUGUGGUACGACAUACAUGGCUCCAUGUGCGUGGAGGACUCGACGACGUCGAGGCGGAACUUCUUCGCCGCAUUCGAAAAGCCAUUGGUCACAGCGUAG